AUGCCCCGACCCGGGAAACCCCAGUCUGCGUUUGCGACUGCGACUGCGACUACUAAUUCUUCUUCAAUUACUUCCGCCUCCGUUCGAGCGAGGAAACCUGCCGUAUUUGCUGCCGAGAAGAGACGGACGAAUACACUCCAUAGCCGCAACGGUCCGGUAUCUUCGGAAGACGAUAACAACGACACUGCUGGAGAUUCUACCGUCAUGUCUUCCUGGACGGUUAGGAAUCGGUGGAUCGUCUUUGCUGUUGCUAGUGGUGCUUGCGCUGCUUUUAAUGGCGUGUUAGCGAAAUUGACUACAAAUGAACUUUCCACUCACAUAGCCCGAGGAAUUUCGGGACUCUUUGGGUUGACGGACAUCGAACGAGUUGUCGAGAUCGUUGUGCGAGUUAGUUUCUUCGGUCUUAAUUUAGUCUUCAACGGAGUGAUGUGGACCCUAUUCACACAAGCCCUUGCAAAGGGCAACUCAACAACACAAGUCUCCAUCAUGAACACAUCCACCAAUUUUGUCAUCACAGCUUUGCUCGGACUAUUUAUCUUCUCCGAGUCGUUACCACCGCUCUGGUGGGCCGGCGCCGCGUUACUUGUUGCCGGGAACGUCAUUAUCGGCAGAGGCAAGCAGGAAGAAGGCAGCGAGACGGCAGCUGCCUUAGACGAGGGUGAAUAUCACGAUGAAGAAAACAUUAGUGAUAGUCACGACGCCGAAUCAGCAGCCGAGUUGGGCCGCGGGACCGGCGUAGCCCCGCAGGUCGAAGGCGUACUGCCCGUGGAGAAGGAUGAUGAGGACGAGGAUGUCGCCCUUUUGGGAGAUUUAAGUUAA